AUGAAUUGUAGAAGUAUUUUGUCGCCGCCAAAAAGCAAUCCUUUGGUUCAGCGCAGCCUCGAUUUGAGACUUCGAAUCGCCCAGGCGAAGAAUUACCUAAAAAGAUGCCUUCUAAAUGUGGUGAUACUAUCGCUGUUGCUUUUGGACAUUCGGGUGAAUGGAAACUACGCCAACAGGAAGUAUUGGUUGUACCUGACCGAAUAUUUAAUAUCCACUGUGCUUGCCCUAAGCGCAUUGGCCUGUUUCGUGAAGUAUUUGUGGCUAAUCCAUGGAGAAGAGCAGGUGAUCGGAACGGCAAACCAAAAGUAUCUGCUGGAUGGCAGGGAUGAAAACAUCUUUGGAACAGUGUGCAUACGCCCAAAAGCAAAGCCACUCAGUUACAAGCCGGAAACCUGGCCCUUCAUUUACUGGCACUCUUCGUUCCAUUCCUGCCGUAGGAGGGCGAACCAAUGCCAGAUACCCUUAAGGGUGAAGACAGACUCACUGAUGUCCAACUGCACGUCACCGUAUGAUCAACUUUGUCGAGAUGAUUUCAUCACCGAUAUCCGGAAGUUACCUGCUUUGAUAAAGCGAGCUGAAAUGGAGCGGUGCAUGGUAGAAGAAGAUAAAAACAAAAUCAAAAGAUUUCAAAUGACCUGCUCCCAUCCGGCCAAACAGAACUCAUACCAAUUUACUCCACUCUGGUCUGAUAACUUUGUUUGCCCAACCAACUGUUCCAAGGUCGAAAAGCCCAUCUGCCCAAAUAACUUACUGCAGUAUGUGGCCAACUUACGGUCGUGGAUAUCAAUCACGAUAUUGCAUCGUUUGGUAAAAGAGAUUGAGUAUGUGGAUAAGGCGUUUCUCGAUCUUGGUCAUCGCAACUUCAAGAUUGGAUCACUAAAUCUGGAGGUGCUACGAUUGAUAGCCCAGGACCGAAGCAUCGUGAAUCCUUUUAUACCCAUGAUGCCUAUGGUGCUGGCUUUUCUGGACACCUUUAACAACCAGGAAUACCUUGUGCAGCGCAUUAAAGAGCUAUCAGAAGGCUCCUACAUAGCCAACUAUAGAUGGAAAUCAGACAGAGCAAGCAAUGGUCAGGAAUGGACAGAUGACCGACCCACUGAUGCGGCUAUACUGUUCCACUUGUUUUGCGUUUACCUUGAUAGCCAAUUAAUGACAGCGCCGCCGGACGGCCGACGAAGGCCUUUCUACUCCCGUUAUGUGAUCAUUAGGGAUGAGAACUCAAACAAGGACAUCGUCUCCUGUGUGAGCAACAAAGCGAACUGCGCCAUUCUAGCCACAAGUAACAUGCAACCUUAUCCCAAGUUUAAUUUCAUCGAUGACAAGAAGAUGCACGAUUGUGCUUACGACAGUAACAAUCUUUUUCACGUAAUAAUCCAGUUUUUGAAAUACAUGCGUGAGAAGCAGGAGUCCGUCCUGGAGUGCGUCAGUCUCGGCAAAAGUGGCAUCAACAUCAUCGGCGUUAUUGAAGACUGA